CGGGGUGCUAGUGGGUUCCGUGCUGCUCCCGAGACCGACCGCUCACUGUUUCCUCGGACCUGCACCUGACAGCACCGUUCUGAUGGCGACGCCGUGAGAUCGAGUGCUGAAGCGACUGGGCAAGGGCCGGAGGGUUCACCCGAGGAGUUUUGAAAACUGGAAGCUCCGUCAUGUGGACAUGAUUCGGCCUUUGCAGGAUGAAGAGCUUGGUGGGGAUUCUGUGGAUCGUUCUGGUGCUCGUGUCAGGAUGUUCGGGUAAUCCGGACGCGAAACGACUGUAUGACGACCUGCUAUCCAACUACAAUAAGCUGGUGCGACCGGUGGUCAACGUCUCCGAUGCGCUGACAGUGAAGAUAAAGCUGAAACUGUCGCAGCUGAUCGACGUCAACCUCAAGAAUCAAAUCAUGACAACGAACUUGUGGGUGGAACAGUCGUGGUACGACUACAAGCUGAAGUGGGACCCCAAGGAAUACGGCGGAGUCGAGAUGCUCCAUGUGCCCUCUGACCACAUCUGGCGCCCCGACAUCGUCCUCUACAACAAUGCGGAUGGCAACUUCGAGGUUACUUUGGCGACCAAAGCCACCCUCAAUUACACCGGAAGGGUGGAGUGGAAGCCGCCCGCCAUCUACAAGAGCUCGUGCGAAAUCGAUGUGGAAUAUUUUCCCUUCGACGAACAGACGUGUGUGAUGAAAUUUGGAUCGUGGACGUACGAUGGAUUCCAGGUGGAUCUGAGGCACGUGGACGAGAUCAAGGGGUCGAACGUGGUGGAUAUUGGAAUCGAUUUAACCGAGUUUUACACUUCGGUCGAAUGGGAUAUCCUGGAAGUGCCCGCCGUCAGGAACGAGAAAUUUUAUACAUGUUGUGACGAGCCCUAUCUAGAUAUAACCUUCAACAUUACUAUGAGACGCAAAACCCUCUUCUACACUGUAAAUCUCAUCAUCCCAUGUAUGGGAAUCUCCUUUUUAACCGUACUCGUGUUCUAUUUGCCUUCCGACAGCGGCGAAAAAGUAAGCCUGUCGAUAUCCAUUCUCCUCUCGCUGACGGUGUUCUUCCUCCUCCUGGCCGAAAUCAUCCCGCCCACCUCCCUGGUGGUGCCCCUUUUGGGCAAAUUCGUACUCUUCACCAUGAUCUUAGACACUUUUAGCAUCUGCGUGACGGUGGUGGUCCUCAACGUGCACUUCCGCUCGCCGCAGACCCACACCAUGGCGCCGUGGGUGCGCCGGGUGUUCAUCCACAUCCUGCCGCGCCUCUUGGUGAUGCGGAGGCCGCACUACCAGCUGGACAGGAAAAAUUUGUCGUCGGCGCACCGAGUGAUGGUGCGCACGUGCAACGGGCUGGAGCUGCGGGACCCCGCGGUCUUCACCGACACCGAGGACCUGGUGGAAGACCCCAAUUUCUUUCCGAGCGCGAGUUCGCGGGACGAGCUGACGCCAAGGGAGCUGGAGGCGGGGGCUUUGAACGCGUGUCGGGUGCACGGGACGACGCCGCCACCGGGACUGGGGUUGCCUCUGGGGGACGAUCUGGGCAACGGGUUGGGACCGGGACCUUUGGAGGACGCGCUGUGCCGGGAGAGCAACGCCUGGUACUUGUGUCCGGAGGUGCACAAGGCGAUCGACGGGGUGAGGUUCAUCGCGGAUCAUACCAGGAGAGAGGAAGAUUCCACGAAGGUGAAGGAGGACUGGAAGUACGUGGCAAUGGUCCUGGACCGGCUCUUCCUGUGGAUUUUUACGCUGGCGGUGCUGGUGGGGACGGCGGGGAUAAUCCUUCAGGCGCCUACUUUGUACGACGACCGCAGGCCUAUCGACGUGCGUCUUUCGGAAAUCGCGUCGACCACGGCUAAACCCCACAUCGCCAGCACUCUUUAAGCGUCUCUUAGUGUUUAUAAGAUCUUAAACGAACCAAACUAGAUGUACUAAGUGUAUAAACCAUAAAGGAAUUGAUGACCGAUCCGGGUUCAAACUCGCUCUUAUGGCUCAAUUUGUCGACUUUUUUGGUUUUAAACCGGAUCGGCUUUUAUGGAUAACGAUAGGGUUUCGUAUAUAUGUACAUAUUUAUCUCUUUCGUCUAGAAUAGGUAGUUUUAAGGGUGGACGAGUCGGUGAGCAAAUUACUAGUGUUUUCUGGACAAUAUUCAAGCAAACGGUGAAAGUUUGCUCGAGUUUUCAAUGGUAAUCACGUUGUUUUUGAGCCCUAGAAAUAACACUACUUUUGUAAAGCGACUGAAGUCAGUGUUGAUGCGACCGGUGUGAUCAAAGCACUUAAACCGAAAUUAAUAAAUGCAUGGUUAAAAGUAAAGAUUUUUAGCAAAAUGUUACGGCGUUGCGCGAGGGACGUUACAUCUGGCGCGAUGUCUGCUAGAUAUAUUUUAUAAAAGGAAGGUUGUUUUAUAAAGAUUUGCUACCAAAUCGUACGAUUUUAACGUCUAUUUAUGUGUCCGGAACGUGUCGAUGCACUUUUAAUUUUUCUAUUCACACUCAACUCAAACACUCAACUUUCUUUGUAAAAACAACCUUCCGCGACCGUUAGUACUGAGAAGCCGAUAGGAAUUGUAAACUAUUCUAACCGAAGUCUCGUUUCGGCCCUUAUGCUGUACUUCCCUUCGAUAUCACCCCCCCGGCGUCGGUGCUCGUGUAAGGGCACGAACUGAGGUGCUAGGAACUCGCUUCGUUACGUUGUUAAGACUUGAAUCCUAAAACCGUGUUUUAAAGCUGCCGAAAGAUUAUAAAUGAGCAUUUAAAAGUUAUGUAAACGAUUUCUAUACAUAUUUAUGCUGUAACUAACGAUUUUAAUAAAUUAAAUUUUUAUAUAAAA